AUGGCGAUACCUUUUUUUGUCCAAUAUGAUUUUUCCCUUUUGUUAGAAAGUGGAGAGCUGCUGAGAUACGCGCCAAAUAUCGUACGAAUAUCAGCAAACGACCAUUUAAUUUACGACAGUGCAGAUUGGAAACGAAUCCUAAACGCCRUACCUGCCUACAUUUCCGUCUACAUUAAGCCGGAUGAUUUUAAUGUAAACGAAUAUCCUUUUGCUUCGCCUUCAUCUUCUUCUCCUACUCACCCUUUAUACCGAUAUAAAAGUACGAAGAGGCCGCCGAAAAAAGACAUGUUGUCGAAUUUUGUUCUUCACUCGCUUAAUUCCCAAGUCAGUAUUAAAGAGGCUUUACACAAAGAGGCCAAUAUUUCGCUCUCACAAAUGAAAUCCUUCUGGAUUUCCAAUGUUCUUAUUCUGAAAGUGGUUCCCUUUUCCGACAAUCUUAUGAAUGUUCUUGCAAAUUAUCGAUCCAACGCUACAUGGGUCAUGUAUGAAGUGUUCUUGAAAUCAAAAAAAAAGUCAUAUGAUGAUGCUAGAACGGAACAUAAACAUUUCUACUAUAAAUUUCAUAUUCAUAUGUACUCAAAUGGUGCUUCAAAAAAGAAAAAAGUCGAUAUUGUUUCCUUGGAUAAAAAAGACAGAUUGAUGAACGUUGAACCAAAUAAAGGUCCAUGUACGUUUAACAAAAACAAUGGAUUCAAUGACCUUACUUCCUAUUUUGAUGAAUCCAUCGAAAAAGCUUGGUCCACCACCAAGGGAGAGGGAUCCAUUGUGGGAUUUAUGAAUUUUUGUCCAUUUUCCACUAAAGAGCUCUUGGCCUAUAAACCUCCCCAACCGAAUGCGAAAAUUAGUGACAUGCAAAGGAUUCAUGAUAGCGGGCUCCUAGAAGCCACUUCGACUUUUGGAAUUAAUGGUAGAGCCAUUGCUCCAAACGCUCAUGUUAUCGGUGCCGCAGGUUACACCCCAGCUCAGCCUGGUGGGUUUUCGAUUUCUGGUCUUUGUGAUUUGUUGGACGAUGCUCAGUUCCUUAUUGCUCCAAAUGGAGAUCAAUCGAUAGGUGCUGAUGUUGUCGUCCUUUCUUCCUAUGUCCUUCUUUUGGAUCCAGAUGCUUCUUUUCGCGAUUCUCUUCUGGAACUUGAAAUUUGGAAGAGAAUUGUAAAGGUUUGGGAUAUUCUCGGCAUCAUCCCAGUAAUGGCUGCUGGCUCCGUGUCAAAAGAUAACGAUUUUGUUGAUAUUCUUCGCUCUCUUUCCCGUGUAAUUAUUGUAGGAUCUGUAUCUGGUGCAACCGGAAAUCCCUCCCUUUUUUCGGCUAGGGGUAUGUCUUCAUACAACUGGAAUGGCCGCAUGUUGCCUGAUUUUAUGGCACCAGGCGAACCGAUUGAUUUGACAACUGCCGUUGGAAAAUAUAUCGAGCCCGAUGAAACGGCCACUUUCGAGCAGGUGAUUGGGGAGGGCACAUCCUUUUCCGCCUCUUCUGUUGCCUUUACCAUUGCACUUAUGCGCUCUAUUUCUCCGGGGAUUUACCUGGAGGAUGCGAUUGCCAUUCUCAAUGAAACAUCUAUUCGUCCCUCUUGUUGGGAUCAAAUUGAAUCCUACAACUCGAUGGAGUCUCAUUAUCUACUGGAUGUGAUUUCAUUUAGGGACCCAAACGGAACCCUGUCAUAUCCAAAUGUAUUGUAUGGAAGUGGAAUAAUAGAUCCGUUUAAGGCAGUAAAGGCGUCCCGAAACCAUGAAAGUUACAAAUCAAUGCCACGUCAAUUUAUAGUUAAAGCAACCACCUUGAUAGAAGAUAUAGAGGAUUUUAUUUUUGGAUCCUCAGCCACACCAAUAUUUAAACCACACGUUUUAUUGACCAUCAUUCUUCCUUUCUUUAUUCUUGUGUAA